CCUAUUUUAAAUGCGCCUAUUUACUUUGCAUUUACACUUACUCCCACACUAUCGUAUACUUUAAAUCGUGCCUAGAUUGCAGAACUGUACCUAUACAAUGUAAAUUCUAUGUUAAAAAAGGUACGGUAUUUAUUUAUAGUGUAUUGAUUAGGGGAAAAAUACAAAACAUUGUACAUGCACAGUACGGUACAGAACAGAACCGCGUUUAGAAUCGCACCAUCAAAAACCGCGUAAAAUGCAUACUGACUGUGUUUAGGUGAACUCUAGCCGUAACAUGCACUAGGGCUAGGGAUUCCUCAGUAAGGCAUUUACUUCAUUUUGUAAGGUAAAUAAGUAAAUGAAACACAUAGCAAGUACUUUAUUUUAUGUAAGUAUGUAUUGCUCCGUUACACAUUGCUGCCCUGCUAAUGUAUCAAGAGCGCCGAAUAAUGUGUAUGGCUUCCUGAGUUUACUCAAACUGAAGUAAAGUCAAAACCACCCCUUGGAUGAAUGGCGGAAAAAUGCAGAAAAGCAGAAAGGAAAAGCGAUAAGCAGCGAGCAGGAACGAAAGAACGAGAAGCAGAAGGAGGCGGUCCCGCUAAAGGCUUCGGGGGUGGGUGCGAGCGUUACGGCGCCCGGCGCGGGAGGAGGGGGCGCUGAAUAGCUGUGGGUGAGGGCUGGCUGUCGGCAGAGGAAGAGUGUCUUGCCGCCGCUUGUGCCAUCAGUAGAAAACCACCAAACUUUAACCGAAGUGACGUGUUGAAGCACACCUCUGUCUUCAAGGAAAGAUGGAAGACAGAGACACAUCUGAGAGUCCUGUGGACAGCCAGCUGGAAGAGGACACCCCUAGUGUAAAGGCCAGUCAGUUCACGUCUCCCUUCACGUCCCAGCUCAAGGCCAUGAUCCGCAUUCGUCACAAGUACCAGGCCAUGAAGAAGAGGCGCGCAGAAAUGAAUAACCCUGUGCAGAUGGCCCACCGGUUCUCCCACCGCACCACGGGACCAGAGAUCUUCACUUUUGAGGAGGCAGCUACGGCCAGCACUUUAGAGACUUCCCAUCGGAGGACGAAAAGGAGGAAGCGAACCGUGCUUUUCCCCAACGACCGGCGCAAGUGCCUUCCUAGCAAGGACCGUAGCCGCGCCAAGCCUUUCCUGGUGCUCCUCAGUGUCAUCGUCUUCCUGCAGGUCUACAAUGCCAUCGAGAACUUGGAUGACCACGUGCUGACCUAUGACCUGGAGGGCCUGGAAAAGACACUAAAGCGGGAGGUCUUUGGCCAGCCGGAGGCCACAGAGGAGCUCCUCAGGCACCUCAAGGACUACCUGUCCACCUACGUACACAGCAAGCCCCUAGCGCUGGCCCUGCACGGCCCCAGCGGCGUGGGAAAGAGCCACUUGGGCCGUAUCCUGGCCCGCCAUUUCCGCUCUGUGGUGGGGGAGCGCCUGGUCAUGCAGUACUUUGUGCUGCACCACUGCCCCCAGGAGGAAGACGCCGGGAAAUGUGCGCUUCAGCUGACCACACAGGUCACCGAGGUGGUGAAUCAGGCCGAGGAAGAAGAGAAGAUCCCGGUGUUCAUCUUCGACGAGGUGGAGUUCAUGCACCGGCCCCUGCUGGAGGCCGUACACAGCCUACUGCAGCCCGGGCAAAAUAACGAGUACCUGAACGCCAUCUACGUGCUCAUCGGCAGCUUGGGUGACUCAGAGAUCACCCGCUACGUCCUGCAGAACUCCUCCAGUGAGGCCUUGGAUGGCCAGAGGAGCUCCGGGAGGCUCAUCCGGGAGCUGGUGUCCCUCCUACGCCAUGUGCUCGAUGGGCACCACGUGCUGUGGAGGGACACAGAGCUGGUGCCCCUCACACUGCUGGAGAAGAGGCACGUGAUGGACUGCUUCUUGGACGAGAUGACCCAAGAAGGCUUCUACCCGGACCACUCGCACAUCGAGCGCCUGGCCGGGGAGCUCUCCUAUUAUACCUCUGCGGGGCGGCGGUUCUCCCACAAUGGCUGCAAGCAGGUCGUAGCCAAGGUUAACCUUUUGUGAAGAUGCAUUAACCCUGUAUUACGGCACACCUGUGUUGUUGAGGGACUGCACUGUCAACGCACGGCACACUAGUGUCGAUGGGGGACUAGAGGAACUGUUGGGUGUGAGGAACAAAAAAAUAAACUGUUGAAACUAUGAAAGUACAAGGAUUAAGUAGCAGGGCGGAAGCUGUGUGAGGUUCCUGUGUGGGAUAUACAGUGGACUGCAUGUUCCUGGUUGCUGAAAAGGUGUAUUGAGCACUGUGCAAAGUUCUUUUUUACUAAUAAAGUACUUGGGUUUUGUAUAGUAAGACACCCACCCCCCAUGGCGGUUUUAAAAUUCCCCAGUCAGUAAAUGCAGUAAAUGACUAUGCACCGAA